GUAUGUCGACAAAACUGCUAAUCGGCGAUGACGUCACGUCUCCGUGGGUAAUUCAAAAGCUAUAUAGCACGUCCAUAACCUUAUGAACAAUACAUCGUUUUUUAAAUAUAUUAAUUUUACACGACAUAAAACAACGUAGAGUGUGUGUUUUGAGUGAUGGCAGAGCUGUGACACUGUAGUGCAUCCACAGCUGUGCUCCACCUGUGUAUCCACCGUAGAGGAAGAGAAUUUCCCAUGAACACCCCUCCGGAGCUCGCCCAAGUGCGCGUUCACGAUACCGGCACAGUCACUGCAUGAUGGCCGAGGGAGGCGGACCCGAGUCGGGUGGCGCGGCGGACUCGGAGCCGGUAGCCGCACAGAUGCCAACACCUUCAACCGAAAGUCAAAAGCAGACUAUAGGGACCCUCUUGAAAACAACACUAAGGAAAGGCGACGAAUGGUUUCUAAUAGACAGCCGGUGGUUCAAGCAAUGGAAGAAGUAUGUGGGAUUUGACAGCUGGGACAUGUACAUUGUUGGAGAACGAAGUCUCUUUCCUGGACCAAUUGAUAAUUCUGGGCUUUUUUCUGACCAGGACACCCAGGUCCUGAAGGAGCACCUUAUAGAUGAGCUGGACUAUGUCCUUGUUCCUACUGAGGCCUGGAAUAAACUUGUCAGCUGGUAUGGCUGCCUGGAGGGUCAGAGACCAAUUGCCAGGAAGGUGGUGGAACAUGGCAUGUUCGUUAAGCACUGUAAAGUGGAGGUCUACCUCCUGGAGUUAAAUCUGUGUGAGAAUGAAAACAUGGACAACGUAGUCACUCGGCAUUUUAGUAAAGCUGACACGAUAGACAUUAUAGAGACGGAGAUGAGAACGCUGUUCCACAUCCCAUCAGAGAAGGAGACGCGGCUGUGGAACAAAUACAUGAGCAACACCUACGAGCAGCUGAACAAACCUGACAGCACUGUACAGGACGCUGGUCUCUUCCAGGGGCAGGUGCUUGUAAUUGAGCAAAAAAAUGAGGACGGCACAUGGCCGAGACAAGCUUCCCAUCCCAAAUCGAGUACGACCCCGUCCAGGAACUUCACUACCUCCCCCAAACUGUCUUCUUACUCUUCAGCUAGUAUCUCCUCAACAGUAGCCAACGGUGACAGCGGCUGUACCCCGGGAUAUACGCUCAACAACAGCACGUCAUCUGGAAACAGACUGGGGAGCUACAACUCCUACAACUCAUCCUACAACUACAGGGAGUCACAGUCUCAGCCUGGUCUGUGUGGCCUCAGCAAUUUGGGCAACACCUGCUUUAUGAACUCUGCCCUGCAGUGCCUGAGCAAUGCAUCUCCACUCACAGAGUACUUCCUUAAUGACCAGUAUGAAGCAGAGAUUAACCGGGAUAAUCCACUGGGAAUGAGGGGGGAAAUAGCCGAAGCCUAUGCCGAUCUGGUGAAGCAAAUGUGGCUGAGCCGCAGCAGCUACGUGGCCCCACGUACCUUCAAAACCCAGGUGGGACGCUUCGCCCCCCAGUUUUCGGGCUACCAGCAGCAGGACUCACAGGAAUUGUUGGCCUUUCUGUUGGAUGGGCUGCAUGAAGAUCUGAAUCGUGUUAAGAAGAAGCCUUAUCUGGCCCUGAGAGACGCCGAGGGCCGUCCAGAUGAGAUUGUUGCCAAGGAAGCCUGGACCAACCACCGUUUGAGGAAUGACUCCAUCAUAGUGGAUAUUUUUCAUGGCCUUUUCAAGUCAACGUUGGUGUGCCCAGAGUGCUCCAAGGUGUCCGUCACCUUUGACCCAUUCUGCUACCUCACUUUACCCCUGCCAAUGAAAAAAGACCGCUCAAUGGAGGUUUUCCUGGUACGGACGGACCCUCAGUCCAGACCCACACAGUACCGAGUGGUGGUCCCCAAACUGGGUAACGUAACAGACCUGUGCAGCGCCCUGUCCAAACUCUGUGGAAUCCCAUCAGAAAACAUGGUGGUGACGGACGUUUACAAUCACAGGUUCCAUAAAAUCUAUCGACGGGAUGAGAACCUCAACCAAAUCAUGGAGAAGGACGAUAUAUUUGUCUAUGAGGUGCAGGAGGAGGACAGCGAGAGGAUGAACCUCCCCGUGUACUUCAGGGAGCGACAGUCCAAACACAGCGGGAGCUCCACCACCACCAUGCUGUUUGGUCAGCCUCUGCUCAUCACCGUGUCCCGACACAACCUCAUAGCUGACGUUCUGUACGACAAGAUCCUGGAGAGAAUCGGGCGUUACGUCAAACAGCCCCAGAACCCCAGCAGUGAAAGCAGAGCCUCGGCCUCUUUCACCGCCAGCAGCAGCAGCAGUCAGACUCCUGAAUGUUCAGCAGCGUCGAGUCUCUCCGCCGGUCUGGGCAGUCCGCUGUCGGACGGAGCGUCCUGCAGUGUCAGCUCCAGCAACGGCAGCAACCACUCGGUGACCUGCAACGACACCAACGGGCUGUAUGAUGGUGAGGAGGAGGCCAUGGACCACCAGGUGAGCCCAGAGCCACAAAAUGGCCAAUCAGAAGAGGAGGAGGAGUCGUCCGAUCUGGAGAACGGGCCUAAAGAAGAGGCGGUGAAUUCAAGCUCUUCGCCGUCGAAGCUCUUCGCUUUCAGCGUAGUCAACUCGUACGGAACAGCAAACAUCACCCCACUGCCUUGCGAAGGAAAUGUUCUCAAACUAAAUCCACAUUCCACGGUGGCCAUCGACUGGGACGUAGAGUCCAAGAAAAUGUUCUACGAUGAACAGGAAGCUGAGGCCUACGAGAAGCACGAGAGCAUGAUUCAGCCGCAGAAGAAGAAAGCCACCGUGGCCCUGAGGGAGUGCAUCGAGCUCUUCACCACCAUGGAGACACUGGGUGAACACGACCCGUGGUAUUGUCCCACAUGUAAAAAACACCAACAGGCCACGAAAAAGUUUGACCUUUGGUCCCUGCCUCGUAUUCUGGUAGUUCACCUAAAACGCUUCUCAUACAACCGCUGUUGGAGGGACAAGCUGGACACAGUGGUGGACUUCCCCAUCAGAGAUUUAAACAUGUCGGAGUUCGUGUGCGACCCUAAGGCCAGCCCUUACGUCUACGACCUCAUCGCCGUGUCGAACCACUAUGGAGGAAUGGGUGGAGGUCACUACACGGCCUACGGCAAAAAUAAGAUGGACGGAAAGUGGUAUUACUUUGACGACAGCAGCGUCUCGUCGGCCUCAGAGGACCAGAUUGUUACUAAAGCGGCCUACGUAUUGUUUUAUCAGCGUAGAGAGGAGGAAGCCCCCCCCUGCAAACCUCAGCCUUCAGCCUCCCUGGGAGGAGCCCCCGACGCGGCCGACGACCACAUGGACACAAACUGAACGGCCCUGAGGUCGAGGGACAUGCACUGAAACAAAUACAGCAAAUAGAGACGUUUGGACGCACAUAUGAAAAAUCUAAAGCUCCUGUAGUGACGGGGUGGGAGGGAAGAGAAGGGAGGGGAGGGGGAGGGGCUCCAAGAUUUCGAUUAAUAACUCCACCCUCCCUGUAUUUCGGCGUGUCUUGUGUGUCGUCGACUAGAGCCGACCGCCUUGUCAGACCACUGAUCUGAGAGACUUCCUUCCUGCCGUCGGCCUGCUGAUUUCUGCAUUAUAGUUAACCAGUCUGGAACCCAAAGGAACCUACGUAAAUAUAGAACCCGACACUGGAUGAACAGAAUCAUAGAAGUGCCCUGAAAAGAAAAGAGAAAUCCUUCUAGAUACACACGUCUUUCUGUCGCCCAAGACGACGGUCAGAAAUCUAAAAAGAAGCCAAAUGCACAUCUUGUUACAACCAAAGUGUUUCAAGUUAUUUAUGAUGAAGAUGUACUGACCCCUGACCCCCGGUAGUGAUACAAGUGGCCCAGGGCUUAGAUAUGUCCCCCGCCCCUCCCCCCCCCUCAUAGAUUUCGCCGUGUGAGGUGCACACGCUGAACAAUGUACGUCAGGGCUGUGGGAGACGAAACACGUCCCGCCAUCGAAAACCUGUUUCCACUUCCAACCGUGUAAAUCUUCCAGGUCUUGAAGCUGCUUCUCACACACUCGAUUUUUUUUUUUUUUUUUUUUCUUAAAACCCCUCGAGUACAGCACAGAGCUCAGCUGUUCUUCCGUUCCCCAACUGGCAAAAAGAAAUAAAAUUGUCUUACACUCCUGAUGAUGAUGAUGAUGAUGAUGAUGGUGGUGGUGAUGGUGGUUUAACAGUUGGUACCGACCGUGCAGACGCAGCCUUUGGAGUCCAGACUAGACUGGAGGCACUUUGAAUUCUCUCCCUGCUUCUGCUGUGACCAGCAUCACACACACACACACACACACACACACGCCUGUAUUCUUUGGCCGUAGUCGUGGUCAGUCUUGCUCUUUCUUCCCAAUGAUUUUAACAUGUCUUUUACUUUUUUUUUCUUUUUUUUUUUUUUUAAUUUGCUGCCCGGUUGGCCCUUUGAGGGUCACCUGCUCUGGCUUGUCAUUAUUUUGUUUUGGUGUACAUUACUGCAGCUCUGUAAUAAAAUGGCUGUUAUUUCAUAUUUUCACAGCACAUGGAGUGAAUCAGAAUAAACUAGUAUAAAAGGUGAUUAUUUAUUGACUUAGUCUGCGUCACGAGGAGCCGCCUUGUGUUUGGAGGUGGAAUAAGACGAUAAUAAAUAAACAUUAAAAAAAAAAAAAAAAAAACGCCUCAUAA